UAGUGGGCGCAUAGUUUUCAUAAAGACUUAUUGUGGCAGGUAUUUAUCAUUUUCAUUUUAAAAUGAUAGGCUAUAAGUUAUAAUGUUGGCAUAUAACUUACUAAUAUUUAUCUUUGAAAUUUAAAAUGAGAUUUAACGUUAAAUAUGUUGCAGUUGAAUAUGAACCAGUGAUUCGGAAUCAAUAAAGCAAUCCAAUCAGGACCUCGAAGCAAACUAUAUAUUAACGUUAACUUACGCUGUUAUAUUAGCUUACGUAAUUAAAAUAUGGUUUCAGCAAAACAUGUCCAAAGUUAAUAUUGAAGGCUUUUUGUUAGACUAUUGUUAGUCUAGGUUGAGUCUCAACGUGGCGCUAUUGCGAUGUUUAAGGUGGUUGCACUAAUAUUAACGAAUGUAAAGAUAUUUUUCAUGAUGUUAAACCGGAUAUUUUUUAUAAUAAUGUUAUCCAGUCUGUGGCCAAUUACCGUUAGUGGUAGUCGAGACACAGACGUACGCUGUACAGCAAUACUGAUUCUAGAACAGUCUGCUUUGUGCUCUCGCUGUACUUUGACGUCAUACGCCGUUCAGUCUGCGCAGCGCUGUAUGCAUAUUAUGUAUAUUCAGUCUAUCCGUCGUACGUGUCCUUGUCGACGUCACACGAAACCCUCGUCAUAAUCGACCUUUUUCCAAAGUCUGGAAAAAGCAGUUUACAUUAACAACUUCGAGAUAAAAUUCGCCUAUCGGACUAUCACGUGGGUUUGUUGUGUGUGACUGAAGCGCCAUUUGGAAGGCAUCGUAAGUUCACUGACUACGCAAUAGAUGAGACUGUUACUUUCGAAAAGAAGUCGAAUUUGUUCAUCCAGCUUCGUACUUAAACUCGUAAACUAUCUUUAUGGAUUAUGAAAAUACUUAAUGCAGUGUAAAAACUGCAAAUUCAGCAGUUCGAGUGAAGACGUCCUUCUAAAGCACUAUCGGCUGCAUCACCCAAGCAUUUCCAGCUGGCCUUGUAUUCAUACUGGGUGUGUUUGUGUCUUCAGGACAGCAGGCUUAGAGACCGAGUCCUUGUGACCCUGAGGAUAUACCUGCACCAUUAAACUUGCCUGAUGGCUUUACUACUGCGAGUUGUCAUUUCUACAACUGAUGCCCGGCGACUUCAGCUUUUUGAAGUGCCACAGUCUGUGGAGUCCCUUAUUAGUAUUCUGAAGGAGAAACUGCAGUUACAAGGCCAGUUCGUCUUGCAGUUUCAGGACCCUGAUUUUGGGAAUGCCCUUUGCAGCCUGACUGACAUCUCGGAACUGCCAAGUGACAAAGCAGUCUUGCAUAUUCAGUGGUGCAAUUCAUCAUUGUCCGAAACCAGCCUUUCUGUGUCAUCUCUUGAUACUGCUAGUGUUGAUGACUCUGAUGGAUCCUUUACCAGCUCCACACCCUCUGUACAAAGGUAUUUGCGCACAGCCUCAGAAUGGCCACUGCCAUUCCCCAUCCCACCCCUGUCAUUUGAUGUCGAGCUAAAACUACGACGAGGGAAUGAGACAUAUGCAGAAACACAGACAGGCAUUGAUGUGACCAGAGACAUAAAGAUGGAGAUUCUUGAUAAAAUAGUUCAGGCUGUUUUUGACAUAAAGGCAUAUCCCAACAAUCAAGAAAUUGAGUCCAUUGCAUCUGCACUGAUUUCCAAGUAUCCAUGCCUUAAGGAGCCUGGCAAAGGUAAGGGCUAUGAAGGAUGGUUGAUCAGCCUAAAGAACAAGCUAAACAAUUACCGUUCAAAAUUGAGAGCAGCAGGCUGCAAUGAAGUUAGUGUGAACAAGAAGCGUAAGGAUGUUGAACAUGGACAUGGUUUCACCAUGAAAAAAGCAAAGCGUGGAGAAGUGAAUUUUGUCCCGGAACAUCCAUGUAACCACACUGAUGCUUCACUUGAAGAACAAAGACUUUUAUUGAUCGAUGAAACCAAAAAGGCAAGAAGCAACAUGGUGGUCAUAAGUGAAAAAAUGGAAUUAACUUUUUCCCUGAGGAGAAAAGAAGUGGUAGAAGAUCAACCAAUGGUUGUAGAUGUGCAGCAGAGGUGGCCUGCACUUUUUCUCCAGGAACAGAUUGCUGAGGAAUUCUUCAGAAUCACGAAUAAAGACCUUCUUGACGUCUUCAGGGCAGCAACAGACAGAUUUACACCUAAGCUCUUGAAAUUAUACAGAGCUCGAAAAGCUGCGUUUGGAGAGGAUAUGGAACAGCUCCUAGAAAGACUUGAUGAAAGGAUGACAGAUAUUGGUAAUCACAGAAGGACUACUGCUUUGAAAGGCCUGCCUUUGUUUCUUCGAGAGGACCCAAACAAGCUGUUCAAGACAUGCAAAGACACUGAAGAUGGGGCAGAAGGAGUGUCUAUUGCCAUUCUGUGUGUUUUGGAAGAUGACACCCAGGCGACAUCACCCGAGGUUGUAAACAUUGCUGUGGUGUUGGAGCAGGUCGUCGUUUUGAAAGAUCUCCCAGAUAUUUCUACUGCUCUUGCAUACCUUUUUGGCCUUCUGUAUGCAUUAAACAUGUCCUAUCCUCAAGCUCUUAAGUACACUUUUGACACCAUUCAGAAUGUUUUCAUGGAGCUGGGAUCUGGAUGCACCAAACGUGUGCUUUCUCUGAAGAACAAACUGUUGUAAAGAAAAUCAGAACAUUGUUUUGGCAUCCUUUUUGAUAUUCAUUUGUUACAAGACACUUGGAUACAAGGUCUGUGUUUUUUGGUUUUUUUGCAUCUCUAUUUCUUGUUACAGAUGUCAAACUGUUCCAAAUGCACCAAUUGUGUGCUUUCUCUGAAGAACAAACUGUUGUAAAGAAAACCAGAACAGUGUUUUGGGAUCCUUUGUGGCAUUCAUUUGUUUACAAGACCUAAAGUCCGCUUGCAUACAAGGUCUGCAGGUUUUUUUUUUCAUCUCUAUUUCUUGUUACAGGUGUCAAACUGUUCCAAAUGCACCAAUUGUGUGCUUUCUCUGAAGAACAAACUGUUGUAAAGAAAAUCAGAACAGUGUUUUGGGAUCCUUUUUGAUGUAUCCAAGCGCACUUUAGGUCUUGUAACAAAUGAACAAAGUCUGUUUUUUUUUGCAUCUCUAUUUCUUGUUACAGAUGUCAAACUGUUCCAAAUGCACCAAUUGUGUGCUUUCUCUGAAGAACAAACUGUUGUAAAGAAAAUCAGAACAGUGUUUUGGGAUCCUUUGUGGCAUUCAUUUGUUACAAGACCUAAAGUGCAACUUGGAUACAAUGUGAUUCUUUUCAUUGGCAUCUUUUUCUUGUCGUCAGAUGUCAGACUGUUCUUAAUGUGUUUUAUAAUUGUAAUUUUGUAUUACAGCAUACCAUACCAGGUUAGUGGUUGCAGUAAGAAUGUGGGAUGUUUAAGAUUGAAAUUGAUAAAGGGAUAGUUCAUCAAAAAGUGAAAAUUGUCACAUUUUGUCAUUCUUAUUUUGUUACAAACCUCUAUAAAUGGCCAAGUUCCGAGGAACAUGAAGAAGAAUGCUUUGAGGAAUGUUUGUAACUAAAAGUGAAUUGGGCACAUGAACGUUUGUAGUAGGAAAAAGAAUACUAAAGAAAUUAAUGAGGUUCAUGAUCUGUUUGGUUACAAACAUUCUUCAAAAUAUCUUAUGUUCAUCAGAACAAAUACAUUUAUACAGGUUUGUAACAUCAUGGCACUAAGAAAAUGACACAAUUUUCAAUUUUGGGUGAACAAUCCUUUUAAAUAAAACUGUACAAGUGUUUUAAAUGUUGGAUUAAAUGUGGUAAUUUGAAAUGUUUUAGAUUACGGAACAUGUCAAGAUAUUAAAAACAUUUUAUUGUUGGAAACAAAGAAAAAUUCUAAAUUGAUACAGUACCAACAAGUUUUAUGCUGUUUUUGUGUACAGUUGAGUGAUUUUAUGAGAAAUUGUAUUGCACUGAUUUUUGUUGCUGUAAAAAAUGGUCUGUAUGCUUAUUGUAUGCAAAGUUUAAGUUCCUACUGAAGUUGGAAUCUUUGUGACGCUGCUGUGUCACAACUUUAAUGAAGUUAAAUAUUCUGAACAGAGUUUGGGCUUUUGUAGCAUCUUAUUUCUAAUUGAAAUAAAUGAUGAUAAAAAGUAAAUGGUUUAUGUCUUUAUUUUGCCAAUUGAACAUUUUUCAUCUACAAAACAUAAAAAAGCGAAUUAACUGAA